AUGGCUCCAGCCUUGCGAAGAUCGGGACAAUCCACUCCUCAAAAGGCGCAGCAUCUCAUCGUUCUGGUCCACGGGCUGUGGGGGAAUCCGGCUCAUUUGGACUAUGUCGCAAAGUCGCUGCGUGAUCGCUAUGGAGACGAGGAUCUCGUUGUACUCGCUUGUCGCAGGAAUCUCGGCUCCCUGACUUACGAUGGUAUUGAAGUAGGUGCUGAGCGGGUCGCCAGGGAGGUCGAGGAUGCUUUGGAGGAGCUGGGACGGGACGGUCACAAAAUCACCCGAUUCUCGAUGGUCGGAUAUUCCUUGGGAGGGCUGGUCGCGCGCUACACAAUCGGCCUGCUUUACCAUAAGGGACUUUUCAACAGCAUCAGCCCGAUUAACUUCACGACUUUCGCAACGCCGCACUUGGGUGUCCGGACGCCUCUGACCGGGUAUCAAAACCAUCUCUGGAAUGUCCUAGGCGCUCGCACGCUAUCAACAUCCGGCCGCCAGGUGUUUAUGAUUGAUAACUUCAGAAACACGGAUCGACCUCUCUUGAGUGUUCUUGCAGACCCUGACAGCAUCUUCGUUCAUGCGCUUGCUCGUUUUCAGCACCGGUCUCUGUAUGCUAAUAUUGUCAACGAUCGCACCACAGUCUUCUAUACGACUGGGAUCUCACGAUGCGAUCCUUACGUCGAUUUGGGGAAGAUCAACCUGCACUACCUCAAAGGCUAUGAGCCGGUCAUACUGGACCCAGACCACCCCUGCGAUCUGAUACCGGAGCAGGAGCUGCCAACCUUCUACCAAAGAUUUCGCAUGCAUAGCCAGACUUGUUUGCGCAGAGCACCGAUCUUCCUCGCACUGGUCGUGCUACUACCCAUCGCAACAAUAGCUUUUCUCAUUAACUCCGGCAUCCAGACGUUUCGCAGCCGGCGAAGGAUACAGUUACAUGAGGCUGAUCAUCGAGACGAAGGGUUCGGUCUAUACAAAAUCCCUUGGAUGGUCCAGGAUAUGCGCAUUGGUCUCGAGGACGCUUUCGAAAAUGUGAAUGCUGCUCAACAACAGGAGUAUCUACCCGAGGGAUCAGAAGAGAUAGCAGAUGCAAUCGUAGAAAGCCCUGCUCUGUCUUCAGCGGCUUUUGCGAAGAGUACCGAGUCCUUACUGUCUGAGAAGUCAGAGAGUGACCAAGCUCCGCUCGCUGAACGAUCUCAGAGUUUCCCGACCUUAGCACUGACCACAGCACAGUUUGCAAUGAUCAAAGCGCUCGACGACGUGGGGUUCCGGAAGUACCCCGUCUACAUCCACAAGAGCAGCCACAGUCACGCAGCGAUCAUCGUGCGCUUUCCUAGAGCUGCAUUUGAGGAAGGAAAAGUGGUUGUGAAGCAUUGGCUGGACAAUUUCCACAUUUAG